AUGACGAGCUUAUAAAUUUUUUUACGAGAAUAGGUAUAAUAUAUAAUCGGUAGAAAUGUAAUAUCAUCGUAAAGAUUGUUCAUGAAAGUGUUGUAACGUGAUUUUUAAAUGUGUUCAAAUCGAAGGGCGAAGAAGACGAGACCGAACGAUCGCGGUCGUAUCUCCAUCUCCUAUCUCGGCCGAUGCAUGCAGCUGACGUCAUACAAAGUCGUGCCGCAUGAAAUAGAACCUUGAGAAACUGUAAAUUAUCGUAAAGAGUCAUGACACCGAAAACAUCGGACGUAGAACUGAGCGAUGAAACGAAACGUGUCGCGACGACAAUGAACCACGGUCCAUAGAUCCGCGAUCCGCGCACGCACGAGUGCCCGUCAGACAUUCGCGUAGAACGCGCGUUCGAGGUUAAAUCGUGGAUCUCGAGUUCUCGGACACUGGGACGUAUCGUCGCCACACCGCACACUCCAAAUGCUCGCCAAGUUUUAUCAUAAUACUGUCCGAGCGUCUGGUCUCUUCAUCAGCUGAUGCAUUCGGUUGAAGUUCGGUGUAUAGUCGCGUAAAUAAACGAUCGUCAGAGAUUUUCUAGUCUAGUUUGCCGAUACGAGCGAGCGAGCGAGCACGCGUCGCCCGUCGUCGUCGCCACCGCGACAUGGCAGAUUUCGCGUUGAACGGGUUCACCAGCGAUCAGACCGAGAAGAUCCUACAGUUUCAGGACCUGACAGGCAUCGAAGACCUGUCGAUCUGCAGAGAUGUCUUGCAGAGGCACAAUUGGAAUUUAGAGGUUGCCGUUCAGGAACAACUGAACUUGUACGAGGGAAGACCUUCGAUGUACGCGCAGGACUCGAGAUCGAGACCACCACAAGUCGUUGACGAUAGCAGUUCCAGAAUAUAUUUUCACUUCUCCGGAGGCUCCAGCGACAGAAACAGUUAUUUAUGGUACAUCUUCUCCUUGUGUUACGAGAGGGUGAUCAGUAUACUGCAGCUACUUCUUUCGAUAUUCGGAAGAAACGUCAGACCCGUCUCCUCCGACCCUGUCGAAGACGUCGUCAGUUUCAUUCGGUCCUACGAGGAACGCUAUGGUAGCAGUCAUCCCGUUUUUUACCAGGGUUCUUACAGCCAAGCUCUUUCGGAUGCCAAACAGGAAUUAAGGUUCCUACUGGUAUACUUGCACAAAGACGAAGCCCAGAACAUCGAUCAAUGGUGCAGGACUACGUUGGGUAAUCUGGAAGUCGUACGGUACAUAAAUACGCGUACCCUCUUCUGGGCAUGCAACGUGCAGUCCGGCGAGGGAUACAAAGUAGCGGAAGAUUUGAAAUCUGGAUCUUAUCCUUUUCUGGCGAUCAUCGUCUUGAAAGACAACAAAAUGACGAUCGUCGGCCGACUGGAAGGCACGCCGUCUCCUACCGAGUUGAUGUCCCGUUUACAAACGAUCAUAGAUCACAACGAGAUCAAUUUGAUACUGGCUCGUCAAGAAAGAGCGGAGCGUAGCGCGGCGCAGUCUUUGCGUCAACAGCAAGACCAGGCGUACGAGGAAUCGUUACGCGCGGAUCAAGAGAAGGAUCGCAGACGGGAGGAGGAGCGAAGAGCACGGGAGGAACGAGAGGCCAGGAAGAAGGAGGAAUUGAACGCGCAGGAAAUGGAGAUUCAACGGAUUCGUCGCGAGAAAGAACUCACCGUUUGCAAAGUGCCUCUCGAACCCGAGCCUACCGAUCCUAACGCGUGUCAUCUUCAAAUUAAACUCGGUGAAAGGACUAUGAUAAGACGUUUCCUGAUGACCAACACGAUAGAGGACGUGUACCAUUGGAUAUUCAGUCAGCCGGAUUCGCCCGUCAGUUUUGAAAUCACGACCAGUUUUCCGAAGAGAAUCCUGUAUCCGUGCAGAGAGAUGUGGACGCUGUCCGAGGCUGGAUUGACGCAUAGAGAAGUUCUCCACGUUAACGAUUUGGACGAUUAACGUCUAUCGGAUUUGGGUACUGCGUUUCCUUUGCGUUUAAGUAUCAUUCCAACGCGAAACAAUGAUACUGUCGUAAGAGACAUUUAUCGAAGAAUCGAUAACACACACACACUGACACACUUACAUACGUACAUUACACAUAUAUACACAUAUGUGCAUAUAUGUUUGAUACGGUCAAGUGUUGUACGCGCCCGCGCGUACUUGGAUACCAGCGAUGCAGUUUUAUCACGGAUAAGUAACUAAACUAGAAAACCUAUCGGGAACUGUUGAUCGAGUAUUCCGAUCGAAACUACGACGUCGACUUACGAGUGCGUACAUUUGUUACGUGCCACGAGUAACGUGCCCACUAAUAUCGUGAAUAGAGAAAAAAAAGAAAGAAAAAAACAAACAGAUUUCGUUGUACAAAGAGCUUGUACGAAUACGUAUAUUAUACCAUGAUUUCGCAGAAGCUGUACACCAAACGUUCGUUACAUCUAUUUGUCUUGACGCGUUUCGGCCUGAAAGCGAAUCUUGUGAACGACGAGCCGACCAGGAAAAGUAAUUUGUAAAGAUAAACGAGUAAAACGAAUAGAUGAACGAACGACGCAAAUGUUAUGAUCAAACACCAGAGUUAACGUACGCGUGUAUAUACUUACUUAACAAUUUUACGACGAAUUUCAGCCACACUGUUGUAAUGUUGCAUUGUUUUAAAUCUGUAAUUGAUACGUAACGUGAUAAAAGGAGAAAAAGAAAGAAACUGAACGUUCUCGCGAGUGUGAUUUCUUUCGUAUUUUUAUCGGUUACGAUUGAUCAGCUUUCCUCAUAAAAAGAUUUCUCGUCACGAUUCGACAGAUUCUUUAGUUCUUCAGUUCCACUCGUGGGUCGUACGGAGCUUGUUCAGCACAUCUUAUUAUUCAUUUGUACGCGUUGAUGUAUCGAUAAAUAUCUAUUAUUUUUAAAGUGUUCGUUCAAAGGAAAGGGAAAAAAGGGGGAAAGAAUCGGGAGAAACGUUACCGACGUUCUUCACGUUUCUUUCGAUGGUACGUUAUUUGUUUUGUGGAAAAAUGAGAGAAAACACAUAGAACUUAUCGUAAAAAUAGGGUACGGGGUCGGGAUGCUCGUGUGAGCAGAGAAAAGAAAGAAAAAUAACGAAGUUGUAUUGUUCCCUUUAAAUGUUCUACCUGUAUAGGAGAAUAUAAAAUUUUCACGAGCAAUCUAUAGCAUUUAUACGUAUACAAACGUAAACAUUGUAUAUGCAUAACUGCAUAUAUGUGUGUAUAAAUCAUUUGAUAAAAUGAAUAUAUAACGACGAUCUGUGCGAUGUAUCAGGUUUGUUGAACCGUUAAAUGUAAACUUUUGUAUACACAUUUUGUGAUCUAUA